UGGGCCUGGCCUUGGGCUGCGGGCAGUGGCGGCGAUCGGGCGGCAUGCAGCCGGACACCCAGCUGAACCCCGCCCUCAUCACCCUGACUGUCGGACUUGGACUGGCGGCGGCGACCGGGCAGCCGGCAAGUGGGCUACCCGGUGAGGAUCUGACCGUCCUGUACUGGCUGGGAUCUGGACACAGCCGACACGUGGUCUCUGUGGAGGGCCAGGGGCGGUGCCCUGAUGCCGGUGUGCUGGUAUUGUCUGUCGAUGGCAGGGAGCUGGUCCUGGAUAUCACGCGUAACCAGAGGCUGCUCACACACGGUUACACGGAGACACACUAUCAUCUGGAUGGCAGUCGCGUGACCAUCAGUCCAAACCACACGGACCACUGCCUGUACCAUGGACGUGUCCGUAGCCAUCGGCACUCCUGGCUUGCCCUCAGCCUGCGCUACGGUGUCCGUGGGGUUGUUGCCAUGGAUACCACUAAUGGUUAUUACCUACAACCAAUCGGAGAGAAUCUGCAUCGGGUGACCCGGAUGGGGAGCCUGACUGUUGGCCACGGCCGGUGUGGACGGGGCGACGACCGGUGGACAGACAGGGACUUGAUGGGACGCCUGGUGCAGCACUUCCACAGGGUCCGGCGCGAUUCCUGGGACACAGAGAAAUUCAUGGAAAUCUAUAUUGUAGCCGACCAUGCCGAGUUCCAGAGCCAGAACCGCGACCUCGGGAAAACCAAGGACAGAAUCCUGGAGAUUGCAAAUUAUGUGGAUAAGUUUUACAGAAGUCUGAAUAUUCGGAUCGCACUGAUCGGGCUGGAAGUGUGGACCCACAGGGACCAGAUCGCCGUCAGCACAGACCCCAACGCGGUGCUCUCCGCCUUCCUGAAGUGGAGACGGCAGCUUUGGGCGCGGAUGCAACACGACAACGCCCAGCUCAUCACAGGUGUGACGUUCCGGGGAACGACCAUCGGGAUGGCGCCACUGGAGGGGAUGUGCUCGCUGGAUACCUCGGGAGGCGUCAGCAUGGAUCACUCGGAACCGGCCAUUGGGGCGGCUGCCACUAUGGCCCAUGAGAUUGGCCACAACCUGGGACUGGCCCACGAUGGCGUUGGCUGCUGCAAGCAGGCCUCAGCUGAGCAGGGAGGCUGCAUCAUGGCGGCUGCCACAGGACACCCGUUCCCGAGGGUCUUCAGCUCCUGUAGCCAUUCGGACCUACGGUUUUACCUUCGGCGUGGAGGAGGUGUGUGCUUGUAUAACCGGCCGGAUAUGGAGAGACUGUACGGAGCUCGACGCUGUGGUAAUGGCUACCUAGAGGCCGAGGAAGAGUGCGACUGUGGAGAGGUGCAGGAGUGUGCGAACCCGUGUUGCAACGCCAAUAACUGCACCCUUACUCCAGGCGCCCAGUGUGCACACGGAGUGUGCUGCAGGCAGUGCAAGUUAAAGUCAGCGGGGACGGUUUGCCGCAGGGCUGCUGGAUCGUGUGACCUCCCCGAAUACUGCACGGGAGCUUCGGCAUUCUGUCCUUCCAACGUUUACCGAGCAGACGGCUCCAGCUGCGAGAACGGCCACGCCUACUGUUACAACGGAAUGUGCCAGUCCCACCAGGAGCAGUGCCAGAUGCUGUGGGGCUCAGGUGCCCAGCCUGCCCCACCAGCCUGCUUCGAAGCUGUUAACGCUGCUGGCAAUGAGUACGGCAACUGUGGCAAGCACGGAGAUGGGACCUUUGUUAAGUGUUCCAGUGGUGACGCCCUGUGCGGCAAAAUCCAGUGCCUGAGCCCGGCGGAAAACCCCCGGGAGCGCAACACCGUGCCCAUCGACACCACCAUCCUCCACCACGGCAGGGAGCUGAGAUGCCGAGGCACCUACCUGUACUCUGCCCAGGACGGAGGGGACGAUGCUGACCCUGGCCUGGUGAGGACGGGCACCAAGUGUGGUCACGGCAGGAAGCGUGGCUUCAGGACAACAUGUGACGCACUUCGAUCUUCAGGCCGUGGCACACGGGGAAAUGGGCUUGUUGCCAAGUCUGCAGAUGGUGGAGGGGUAUGCCUGCAGAACCGAUGUCGAAAUGCCUCUUUCCCUCACCUUGCUGCCUGUGAUGAGAAGUGCCAUCACCAUGGGGUGUGUAACAGCAACGGGAACUGCCACUGCGACCCGCACUGGGCUCCACCGUUCUGUGAUAAACCCGGCCUCGGAGGCAGCAUCGACAGUGGACCUGUUCACACAGACAGUUACCGGUUACUGGUGCUGGGAUUACUCCUGACCUUCCUGCUUGUCCCGGCUCUGGUGAUGGCUGCCCUCUGCUAUCGGAAACACCAGGAGCGGCUCUGUGCCCAGAUCGGUAUCGCCCCACCUUUCACACACAGGGGUGCGGGGUCCCCUCCCCCCGAACACACGACCAUUCCACUGAGGGAGCUGCGGCCAAGUAAAGCCCCAAGCAGGCCAGCGUCUUGUCGUCUUCCAGCUCCGUCUGGUUCUCCAGCUCCGUCUCGCCCUCCGCCUCCGUCUGAUUCUCCAGCUCCGUCUCGUCUGAUACUUCCGUCUGGUUCUGCAGCUCCGUCUCGCCCUCCGCCUCUGUCUGGUUCUCCAGCUCCGUUUCGUCUGAUACCUCCGUCUGGUUCUCCAGCUCCGUCUCGCCCUCCGCCUGCAUCUGGUUCUCCAGCUCCGUCUCGUCUGAUACCUCCAUCUGGUUCUCCAGCUCCGUCUCGCCCUCCGCCUGCAUCUGGUUCUCCAGCUCCGUCUCGUCUGAUACCUCCAUCUGGUUCUCCAGCUCCGUCUCGUCUGAUACCUCCGUCUGGUUCUCCAGCUCCGUCUCGUCUGAUACCUCCGUCUGGUUCUCCAGCUCCGUCUCGCCCGCCACCUCCGUCUAGGUGUCGUCUGCUGAAGCCCGGUCUGCAUCAGUUACAGCCGGUCAGUGUGGUCGGGCCGAGGCUGGCUGUGGAUGCUGAGAAGAGGGUGACACCCAGCCCUGGUGUGUCAGCACAGGACCCCGUGUCCCCAUACCCAGCUCUGCCCACAGCGGCUGUCACCUUCUCCCGCUCUGUACUCAGAACCACUCCAGAUGUCCGGCAUGGGAAGGGGAACAUCAGGCACUGAAGUGGCUUCGAUCUACUGUCAGAGCCUCCUGACACCACCAGCAGGCUGAAUGGACUUCACUGGCUACCCAGCGGAGCCCCACUGUAGCAAAGGGACACAACUCCUUGCCGGGGACAUGGUGUGCGUGCAGCUCUUCACCACGGACAGAGGGUGUG